AUGUUUUCGUUGGAACGGAACUGCUUUUAUUCAUCCAAGAUCACAUGUACAUAAGUAUGGAAGUGCCUGUAGAAGGAAACGCAAAGUUUUGUACAUAUGUAUGUGUGUACCUGUGUAAACGCAAAUUAAAGGUGCUUCGAUCUGUGCCAAAUAUUAAGUAAAUGAAGAUCUUAAUUGUUUUACCGUACGCACAAGCGAUCAACUUUUACAUAUGUAUGUGGACGGACAUAUGUAUGUAUGUAUUCGAGUGGAAGGAACCCCAAAACAUAUGUAUGCAUGUAUGUAAACAUGCUAGCAAAGUUAAAACGUAACACGAGUGCGAAUAUAUACAUACAUACAUAGUACAUAUACACUGGAAAGAGGCUUCCAGUAUUUUUGGAAUGGGUCGAUCAACAAGGAAAAGCCCCUAAAAUCUGGUCCAAACAAUGUUUUUUCCAAGGGAUACGUCGAAAUGAGCUACACGAACCUCCUGCGGCAGCAAAACGUGGUGGACGACUGUCAGCGAGUGAGUUGCAACCGCGGACCGGCGUCCAAUCUCGCCGGGCGCUGCGUGAUCAGUCGCGACAUCGUCGUCGGCUGCCGGAUGGAGCAAUGCGAUCCCGACCUGCCCUACAUGCUGGAGCCCACGUGGAUGGUCUACCUGCGAUCCGGUCGCGAUGGCGGCGACCUGUCCCGCUUCGUGCAGCGGGUCACCUUCAAGAUGUCGCCGCGACUGCCGCUGCGGCUGCACGUGGCGGACAGUGCUCCGUUCGAGAUCAGCGAGGUGCUGGGCAGCGACUUUCCGGUGGAGGUGCAGGUGCAGUAUGUGGACGCCCGCAUGUCGGAUACCUCGUACGUCUUCCGGCCGCGCGUGGUGCGCGAGGGUCACGGCGGGAUCAGCGAGGAGAUGCCCGACAAGAUGAUAUUCGUGAAUCCCACGCCCUCGAUGCGAAUGAGCCUGACGCCCGUUUAUGUGCCGUCCGUGAGUGUUGGUGGUCCGCCCAAAACCAGGGGACCGGCCGAGCCCGAGUCGGAGAAACAGGGCGAGCGGAAGGAACGGGAUCGCGAGCAGGUGGGCGAUGUGGCACGGCAACCCCAAGCGCCGACCACGCUGCUCAAGAAGCGCCUGAGCGUGGGUGUGGGGCACUACUCCAUUGGCCACCAGUAAAACUCAAUUCACAGCUCCUACUUAUCCCAGCGACACACACACCUCUCAUCGCCAAGGUCGAAUCCGCCCAUUUUGUGUGUAUUCCUCGUUCCGGGGUGGUUUGCUGCGUCCUUGGCCCCGCCUUCUU